AUGGCUCGCGAAGGCACCCGCUCCACGACCGGCAACUCCAAGCCGCGUGUCUUCCCCGUCGUCGACACCGCGCCCGCCGUGACGCGCAAGAAGUCCACCAAGCCCAAGACCAAGAAGACAACCACCGUCAAGGGCGCCAAGCCCGCCGGCGUCACCAAGAAGACUGCCCCCAAGAAGGAGGGCGGCGUGGCCAAGAAGGUCAAGUCUGCCGUGAAGAAGGCGGAGAAGAAGGUUGACAAGGACGUCAAGAAGGUCGAGAAGGAGGCCAAGCCAAAAACCACCAAGAAGACAGCCGCCAAAUAA